AGAUUUGUAGGUGGGAGGAGUGAAGUUCGCAUUCAAAAUCUUUUUGACUCUACCCGCUCUCCGUAGCGCCUUAGCCCGCUCGAGUUUCAAUGCGCGUUGUUGCUUGACGAAGCUGAGUCUUGUACAUCGCCGGCUGCACUCCUGAUUAUGGCUUCUUCGAGUUCCUUCACCUACUAUUGCCCUCCAUCAUCCUCCCCAGUCUGGUCAGAGCCGCUGUACAGUCUGAGGCCGGAGCACGCGAGGGAGCGGUUGCAGGACGACUCGUUGGAAACAGUCACUUCCAUAGAACAGGCAAAAGUAGAAGAAAAGAUCCAAGAGGUCUUCAGUUCUUACAAGUUCAACCACCUUGUACCACGGCUUAUUUUGCAGAGGGAGAAGCACUUCCAUUAUCUGAAAAGAGGCCUUCGACAGCUGACAGAUGCUUAUGAGUGUCUGGAUGCCAGUCGCCCAUGGCUCUGCUAUUGGAUCCUGCACAGCUUGGAACUGCUAGAUGAACCCACCCCCCAGAUGGUGGCUACAGAUGUGUGCCAGUUCCUGGAGCUGUGUCAAAGCCCAGAAGGUGGCUUUGGAGGGGGCCCUGGUCAGUACCCACACCUUGCACCCACGUAUGCAGCAGUCAAUGCACUGUGCAUCAUUGGCACUGAGGAGGCCUAUGACGUCAUUAACAGAGAGAAGCUUCUUCAGUAUUUGUACUCUCUGAAGCAACCUGAUGGCUCUUUUCUUAUGCAUGUUGGAGGUGAGGUGGAUGUGAGGAGUGCAUACUGUGCGGCCUCAGUAGCCUCGCUGACAAACAUCAUCACCCCAGACCUCUUUGAGGGCACUGCUGAAUGGAUAGCAAGGUGUCAGAAUUGGGAAGGUGGAAUUGGCGGGGUGCCAGGGAUGGAAGCCCAUGGUGGCUACACUUUCUGUGGCCUGGCUGCACUGGUAAUUCUCAAGAAGGAAUGUUACUUAAACCUGAAGAGCUUAUUACAAUGGGUGACGAGUCGGCAGAUGCGAUUUGAAGGUGGAUUUCAGGGCCGCUGCAACAAGCUGGUGGAUGGCUGCUACUCCUUCUGGCAGGCUGGGCUUCUACCCCUGCUCCAUCGAGCCCUGCAUGCCCAAGGUGAUCCCGCCCUCAGUAUGAGCCACUGGAUGUUUCAUCAGCAGGCCCUGCAGGAGUACAUUCUGAUGUGCUGCCAGUGCCCCGCUGGGGGGCUUCUGGAUAAACCUGGCAAGUCACGUGACUUCUACCACACCUGCUACUGCUUGAGCGGUUUGUCCAUAGCCCAGCACUUUGGCAGCGGAGCCAUGCUGCAUGAUGUGGUGCUGGGGGUGCCUGAGAACGCUCUGCAGCCCACUCACCCUGUGUACAACAUUGGACCCGAUAAGGUGAUCCAGGCCACCAUGCACUUUCUGCAAAAGCCAGUCCCCAGCCUCGAGGAGCAGGAGGAUGAGGCAGCAGCAGAGCCUGCCACCGACUAGAGGACAUGGGGUUCCCUGGCUGUGUUCACCCACCGCCCCAGUCAGACCAAGGUCAAUACGAUCCGAUACGUAGUGCAUUCUGUGCAACGCAAGCCUUAGCCACUCUGAGCUGUGGCUCUCUUUUUUUCCUUUCUUGUUAAACAAAACCAUUGGCUCUGGGUUUGGAGAACAUUGUGGCGUGGUUUCUGAAUCCUUUCCACACCUGUCAAACCAAAAAUCUAUCAGCUCGUGUGACAUCUAAAGCCGCCUCUGGCCUGCCCAGGGUUAGGCUGGGGAACAGUGCAUGCUGACAGGAAGCAGCCCCUCCCGCCAGCUCUCCAGCCUGCACAGUCGUAUUGAAAUAAAUGAUGUCUAUGAGUAUUACAGCAGCCAGAGCCACCACUGCGGUUCUUACCCGCACACCACCAUUAAAUUGGCGGGCCAGGUGCCUGCCCAGGGACUGAAAAUACGAGUUCUCCAGAAAAAAACACUGAUGGAACUCCACUAGGAGAUACUCAAGUCUCCCUGCAUUUCUUCGAUACCUCUCACCUCCCACCCUGGUCAUCUGGAGCUGGGGGAGAAAGUGCUGUGUGAACUUGGAGUCCUUCCUCAGCCGGAGAACAGAGCCCUGCAGUCUCUCCAAGGCCGCAAGUGGUGCUUCAGCCCCAGGUGUGGUGACUUAGACCUGGGAAACCAAUUAUGAGUGGAAAAGGAACCUCUACUUCAACUCUGUGGAGGAGGAAGCAGCCCCCUCACGCACCCCAUCAUGUGCCCUGAAAACCCCUCUGGUGUCCUCAAGGCAGCACCUGUAGCCCAGGACUGUCCUGUUUAUUUCCAUCUGUCUUCCACCAGAUUGCCAGGCCACCCUCCUUGAAGACAGUGUUAUCUUUUCUCACCUAAAGUAUUAACACUACUAAAUCUCUCACCUUAAUUUCUGACUCAGGAUUUUUUCACGUUCUGCCCACUAUUGGCUCGCAGAAGUAAAAUCCAGUGCUAAAUAAGCCGGCUGCUGCAAGGCAAGUUGCCUUGUAGACCUGCUGGUGGGAGUGAGUGCCUCUGCUGCCCGCCCACACUGAGCCCCUUGGUGAGUGGGCUGUCGAAUUGGGUCGUCUGUUCACUGUUGCGUCACAGUGAACUCCAUGUCACCGGCGUUCACGUGAGCAGCCACGGGCUGCAGGCAAACUGGAGCGUGGAGAUGCAGCAUGAGGCUCUUCUCAAAACUCUGGCCAUUGCUGCCUCUUAUUCCCUGUUGCUUUGGCAUACUGGGCUAUGUCUCACCUCCUUGAAUUAAUAAAAGAAUGACAUUUUCUACAA